CACAUUUCCUUCGACUCUGAAAAUAAUACUGCAAAUCAAAAGGCUGAAUACAACUCGGUACAUCACGCUACCCGAGAAACACGCCUCUUCCCAGGUUAAUUGAAAAGAAAUCCGCGGUCUGUCGAAACUGCUAAGCUCCGUACCUCCAAGAUGGCUCCCGUUGACAAUGAAGUCAGAGGCAGAUUGGCCCUGGUCACAGGUGCCUCUGGCGGAAUUGGAGGAGCUUGUGCUAAGGAGCUCUUCGCUAACGGCGCUCGUCUGGCCCUGACGUGUUCGUCCGAACGCACCUACGGCAAGAUCACAGAGCUCGCUUCAGAGUUAAAGAGCGCCGCAACCCAAGAUGCCACCAUCUCCUGCCAUGUGGUGGACAUGUCCUCCACUAGUGCCAUCGAGCACCUCUUUGACCAGAUCAAGACCGAGCACGGCCAAACCCCCGACAUACUAGUCUCCAACGCCGGCACGGCUGGCUUCGGCAACAAAGCCAAUCCGUAUCUUGAGAACAUUUCCCUCGACGAAUUCGACUUCACCAUCAACAUCAACCUUCGCGCCUCGUUCCUCCUGUGCAAGUUGGCCAUCCCGCACAUGGCCGCCCAGCACUGGGGCCGCAUCGUCUUCGUCUCGUCCAUCUCGGCCGUUGGCGGUGGCAUCAACGGCUGUCACUACGCCGCCAGCAAGGCCGGUCUGACGGGCAUGAUGAAGAACCUGGCAUCCAAGCACGCCAAGGACGGCGUUUCGCUGAACGACGUCGCACCGGCCAUGAUUGGGGACACGGGCAUGAUUCCUGACGAAAAGCGCGUCGAGGGCACGCCCGGCGACGUAAAGAACAUACCUGUUGGGAGGCUGGGUACGCCGCAGGAGUGUGCCAAUGUUGUCAUCAUGCUCUGCAAAACUGGCUACCUGACCGGGCAGAGUAUCUUGUUGAGCGGCGGCCUAAAGUGAGCCCUCGUCCUGGCGAUUGGCGAUUGUCUCUUUUAUUGACGUGUCAAUUCGUCAUGGGCUAUUGGCUUGAUUGUCAUAUGGCUGAGGAUUAUCAGGGCGACUAACGAAUUAUCUGCCUCCGAUUCGAACGCAUAGCCAGCCACUACUUCCAUGUUUUACUGAAUAUUCUGUAUGUUUAAGUGCUUCGUGGCUGCUUCCUAAACCACUAAGAAAAUUGCAUAGGGGGAUGGAAUGCUGCGCAACCUGUUUUACUUUUUACUUUUGAACUUGAAAGUAAGUUUUGUUUAGGUUUUUAGUUGAAAAAGAACUCAUACUUUCCCUGGCGUCUCGUCUGGUCGUUGCGAUAAAAAGGGAGGCCCCUGGAGCAGUUGGCUAAUGGCUGAGGGCUCCUAC